AUGACGUUCCGUUUGCUCGGGCAUAUGAACCGUGGGUUGAUCCGUCAUAGGUGGUCUAACUCCGCUGUUGGUCUGGGCUUGGCUCUACAGAGGCGUACCAUGUAUAAUGGAGGAUACCCUUAUCAUUACGUUACGUACUACGACGAUCCUAAUUACGACUGUGAGGCUGAUUUCGAGUUCGAAGAGAUCCCCCGGGAUGAGUUCGGUGUCCCUGCUCAUGUUCCACCAGAAGUUUCGACUCAAAUUCGCCACACCUACUACGUGCCGCCUCAAUACUUUCCUUUCCUCAAGAAGCUUGGUGAUGACACUCCUGAACUGAAGCCCUACACCGACAAGUUAAUCAUGGGCGACAUGACCUAUGACGACUACGAAGAGAUGUUUUACAAGUUUGCCAAGCCUCUGAAGAUCUAUCGUCAUCGCAUCCCCUUACCCUACCGUACAGUUGACGAGAUCAAACACGAGGACUACGUGACCUGGUGUGGCAAGUGGUAUUCCUUCCGACAGAGGGUUCAAGGUGAUUACUAUUCCCGUCAUUACUUCCGCGAUUGGCUCAUUGGUAUCAUCCUCGGCUGCUACUUUGGACAUUUGGCUGUUCUCCAGCAUAGACAGUACCGUAUUGAUAUGAAACUGUUCUACCUCGAGGCUCCGGAGCACAAGAUUAACUGGGUUAGACCCCGUGGUGAUCUCUAA